CUUUGCUGUGGGGUACUUGAACUUUGGAAGUACUGGUUGAAUAUUUCACUCCUUUUAAAUCGGAUUUUCAACAUAAUUUUCUCGGAUGCUGUGUUUUUGUUCUGGAAAAGAACCAGAAUUUGAGUUAGUAAUUUGUGCUUCAUUAAGAAGAUAGAGAAGUGUAAUUCUUUAGGCUGAAUGUUUAUCAGAAAUCCCUAACACAGCUGGUCCCAUAACAGCCAAGGAAGAACUCUUGGAUGAAUGUGAGAGUAUUUGGAGGCAAAUGGAAGAGUGUCAGAACAAGCUAAUGCUGCUAGGAGCUGAGACAGUGCUACCAUCAGAUGCCAAGCUUUCCUUGUUAAUGCUGCAAUGGAAGUCUUUAACAGCAGAUUAUCAUCAGUGGCAAGCGAAAAAUCCUGAACUAAUUUCUACCAAUCCAGAUGUCUUGUUAGAAUUAGGAAAAGAAGAGUUGCAGAAAGUAAAAAAUGAUCUUGAAAUGGUGCUGUCAACAGUUCGGUCAAAGAAUAAACAACUGGAAGAAGAUCUGAAAAGAGAACAGCAGUGGUAUGAGGAACAGAAACAGAUGCUAGAUACUCUUAAUAAAAUUGAAGAAGAGGCAAAUACUGAAGUUGAACAACCUUCCCCAAAAAGAGAAUUUGAUGAAAUGAAAAAUAAAUUAUUGAAAUUAAAGGCCUAUAAGAAAGAACUCUUGAGUGCUUUGAGUGAAUUCCUGGAUGAACAUUUUCCCCAUCCAGCGAAUAAUGAAAAUAUUAAUAUCGAGAACCUUUGUGCAAGGCCAGGUGUACAACUGUUAACAUUGAAAGAAAUUUUAGAGAUUCUGAUAAACAAAUUAAUGAGCACACCACAUGAACCUUACAUAACAAUCAAAGAAUCGUUUUGGCCACCCUAUAUUGAGCUGCUUUUGCGCUAUGGAGUAGCCCUGAGACAUCCAGAAGAUCCAAAUAGGAUGCGCCUCCAAGCUUUUCACAAGUAGCGUGACCUACACAUGCACUUGAAAACAAAACAACACCAUCAUUCUUACUUCAGGGCUAGGACAUGUUUAGGUUUCUUACUAAGCUUUCUUAGUAUCAGCUGUCACUUGUCAUUGGAUGAUUUUUUUAUAUCUAGAUUGGUAUUGUGGAAGUUUUUUUUAACUGCGUCUGUAAGAUGCCAAUUCAUGUAAUAGACAUGCUUAGCAGUCCUUUUAACUUCUAAAAUAGUUUUUUACAUUUUUUAUUACUUUCUACACUUACUAUGUUAUACAUUUUAUAUGUUACUUCUGUGGUUUAGAUUUCUUAGAUUGCCUGAAGUUAUGUCAAUUUCCUUUCACUCUGUAGAGGCAAAAUUCAGAAUAACAACUCUCCUCCUCUACGUGGCCUUGCAAACAUUUGGAGCUAGCAGAGAGGUAUCCUCACAAGAAUGUGUUACGCCUUGUUUGUUUCUCGGAGCCUUUGCAAACAAUUUUAUUGGCUCCAAGAGGAACACUUAGGAAAGCUGACACAUCUUUCUGUGCAAAGUGCAGCAGAUGUCAAGUCUGUGCCUUUCACUGCAUGCUUCCCAAAUGGCCCAUUUUUUUAAUGCCAUAUUGCCUUGCGGUAUCUGUCUUCACUUUUUCAGACCUAGUUUGUCGAGGCUUUUAGUGUGUCUCUGUUCUGUUGAUCUCUGCGGCUUCUAAGUUGAGAAUUACCUUCUGAAUCAAUGGUGUCAUUCUUUGUAAUCUCAGUCUUUUCUGUAGCCUUUUUUAUUGUAUUUUAUUAAGUACAAAAAUUCUGCUCUUGCGUGACUAAAACUUUGGAAAAUAAAAUUUGUUUUUUAUUAACCAGAUUGUAUUUUAUUGAGGGAGGAACUUUUCUGAUUUUUCAAUUGAU